AGAAUGUGAGGAUGCGAGAGGAGAUCAUGGUGUUGGAUAAUCAGAUCAGAUGCAUGGAAGCUGGAUGCGGGAGUUUGCCCCCACCGUCGUACAGGUCUGCUUCACACGCUUCCAAUACCAGCUCCCGAUGUCGCCAGCAGAUGUUUUGAUGUAUGAUCUCCAUGUGGACUUUACCGACCUCGAUCAGAUUCGGUGGUUGUAUCUAGCUUACCAACGGGAAAUUGGAUCUUGCCUGUGCCUACUACCGUCAAUGCCGACGGAGAACAUUUCAUCUCAUACUAUGGCAGUCUGACCAACAAUAUCAUACAUCCAACAGUUAAAACGUGAAGCUAUUCGAGGUCUCUUACCUCGCCUCCCAUGUUCUUAUCCGUCGUUCAAUUGUGCACCUUUAUGGUGCUCGUUCUGCUAGGGUUGGCUCUCAAUAUCAUGCUGGACAGUACUCCGGUAGCCUUCCAAAGCACGCCGGUACUCUUGCACAUGGCGCAGAACGAUCCACCCAGAUUUCUUUUGGGUGCAUUCUUGAUAUACACGAAUAGAUCGACAAUGAUAGCAACGGCGAUUCAGCCCGUGGAUAAUUUCACAACAGACCGUACUUUCAAUAUGAUCUUCAAUUACACAAAUCCAUCUAAGAAAGACUGUGUCCUGGUCGCUUGGCUUGAUAGUGAUCUUGCUCAGAGUGAGCCGUUUUCAGUGACAGGCUCCAAUGCGACAUUCGCUUCAACGAUUUCCAUCAUCCCAUCCAGUCACCCUUCGUCAGUUUCAGGAGCCCUUUCCCUUGGGGAUCCGAGAGUGGGAAACAUACCCUCCACAUGGGCCAUGACAAGUAACAUGGGUACACCAAGUUCUGAGUCGACAGAAUUCAGGUCGGCGAGUUCCAGCAUUCCACCCAGUCCUACUUCGUCAAAUUCUGGAACCGCUCUUCCUGGGAAAUCGUCGACUUCGAGGGAUCUACCCACAGUAGCAAUCGUGGGCACUGCCGUCGGUUCAUUUGCACUUUUGGCCCUAGUCUUCACUCUCCUGAUAUGGCGAAGUCGGAAGAACCGGCGAAAAUCGAAAGAAUCCACGCCUUCACGUGCUUUUUGGAGGUACCUGGACAUGAAGGGUCCUCCAACCAUGAUUCCUCCGCUUUACACUCCACGGAUUUUUCAAAUCGUCCGUCGUGCUCGAGGCUUAGAUGGAUCCUAGGACCUGAUCAGUGGCGUCGAUCAGCGAUCUCCAAUAUUUAUGACAGGAUUUUCAUAUUUAAUAUAAAUGACAUGGUGUCAAUAGCGGGAUUAUAACUAUAUCUAUAUUGAUUACGGAGCUCUCACUAUAUCAGCCAUACAAGAAGAGAUAGACGAUAUGAUGAUGC